AUGGCGUUGGUCGAGGAGGCGAAGUUAGAAGAAGAUUGUUUUCAGCAUGCUUUACAACAAGUUUGUUAUUUUUUUCAAGUGCAAAAUCUUUUCGAAGAUCAAGUCAACGCUAUUAAGGAGAGAAUUGGUGAACUACAACGCUAUUCAGUUUCUGUUUUACUUGUUUCAAACACUCGCAAACCAGACGACGUCCAACAAAGUUCUUUUAACUUAAACAACUCGCAACAGACGCUCGAAUCUAAAUCAUCCUGCUCGGCCUUAGAUAAGCUCGCAUUCUGGUUUCCAGGAAAGGAAACAACGUUUUCUUCAAAGGAAACAACGUUUUCUUCAAAGGAAACAACGUUUUCUUUUGUGCCAGUACUGGGUAUGGAAAGUCCAUCGUGUUCCAAUCCAUACCUUUAUUUACCGAUAUCCUACUUGAUCAAGGUAUUGGCACUAGCACCGUGAUUGUAGUAUGUCCUCUGACUUCAUUAAUGCUCGACCAAGUUAGCAAAAUGAGUGAAUCAACACAGCUGCUGUAUUUCAAGGACAAGAUGAGGCUGUUUUAAAUUAUAUUGAACAUGGCAUAUAUUCGCUCGUUUUUACGUUGCCUGAAUCCAUGUUGGCCUCAAAAUGAUGGGAAAAAAUUCUAAAAUCCGAAAGCUUUGUGGAAAAUUGUGUUGGUAUUGCUGUUGAUGAAGCUCACUGCAUCAGUCAAUGGUAAGAUAUUUAUUUCUUUAUAUUAAUAUUGAUAAAUCUAUCUGUAAAGUCAAUUUGUAUAUUUCUAAUUUUUAUCAAUUUGUGUUUGUAGCGGAUUGGCAGGAGCAAAGGGCGCUUUCAUGUUCCAUGUUCACAGAUAUCCAUGUUCGCAGAUAUCAAUCUGAUUGUUUGUACUGCCACAGCAACCAAAGCUACCAAGAUUUUGGAUCUCAAAAUGGAAAACACCUUUAGCAUUGAAAAAAGUCCAGAGCGACCAAACAUUGCUUAUGUUACUCAGUAUGUUGAAAAUGACAUGGAACUUAGCGAUGUCUUUCAUGAUGUUAUAUUGGAUGUGAAGGAUAAAAAAGACAAAUAUGCAAAGAAUCUUAUUUACUGUCAAACAAGAAAGCAAGCUGCCAUCAUAUGGAGAACAUUCAAGUUGCACUUGGCAAAGACAUGUAUGCUGGUGAAACUCUAUUACCAAGAGACUGCAUUGUGGAAAUGUACCAUGCUGGAACACCUGAGUCAUCAAAGCAACAUAUUUUAAAAUCUUUGUCACUACCAGAUGGUCAUGUAAGAGUGCUGAUUUGCACCAUUGCAUUUGGUAUGGGAUUAGAUUUGAAUUGUGCUCGCAAGGUGAUUCAUUUUGGGCCAUCUCGAACAACUGAAUGCUACUUGCAAGAAUGUGGACGUGUUGGCAGGGAAUGGUGGACAGAGUUUGUGUGUUCUACUCUACAAUGGCAUUUUGGCAUCUCGUUGCUCUGAUGACAUGAAGGAAUUGAUCAGCGAACAAAAGUUCCUUCGAAGAGUGAUUUUAAAGCACUUCCCUGGUGAUCAUUAAAUUGUUGUGGAAGGAUGUCAGUGCUGCAAUGUUUGUGCUCAGACUUGCUUGUGCUCUGGUUUAAAGGGUGAUUGCUCCAUAAAUAUGUUGCUAGAUUUCUCCAGUCAUGAGAAUUUAUAUCAUUAUGAUAAGCAUAGAACUAUUACAAAUGAACAGAAAAAAACACUGGAAUCAAAUCUGUGCCAGUAUCAAAAUGUUUUGCAAAGAGAAGUCCCAAAGCAAGUGUAUCCAAAUGUCUUUGUAGAAUUUGGUUCUCUUCAGAUUGCCCAGGUCAUCAAGAAUGCAAGUAAACUGUUUUCUAUACAUGACAUUAUGAACUGUGUUGAAAUUUGGCGAAGUGAGCAUGCAUGUGGUAUUUUAAAUAUUUUUUCACAAAUGUUUGGUGAUAUUGACAUUAAAUAACUUAGUAUUGAUUUGGAUAAAAUGGAUCUAGAUGAUACUUUAGAUAUAGAUUGGUUGGAUAUCAGAGAUGACUCGUCAGCGGAUGUACUGCCAUUUCAAGAUAGCAGUUUAUUACAAGUCAGUGACAAAAUGGAUGAGCUUGACAAGUCAAUAGCAAGCCUCACAUUGGACACAAGCGGUGAUAUAAGAAAUAUUGCCAAAAAAGUAACCUCGGUCAUUAAUACUGAGGAUAUGGAACUCUAG